AUGGCUGAUCUGCCUAUUGAAAGGCUGGGUUACAAGCAACCUCCUUUCACUAACACAGGUGUUGACUACUUUGGACCGUUCCUAGUUCCAAUCCGGAGAAGUACGGAAAAGAGGUGGGGUUUUUUGUUCACCUGUCUCACUACUAGAGCGGUGCACAUUGAAGUGGUCCCCUCGCUCGACACAAGCUCUUGUGUGAUGGGCGUGGAGAUGUUUAUUGCACGUCGAGGUACUCCGACUACCAUCAUGUCCGACAACGGCACGAACUUUAAAGGGAUCAAGUGGAAAUUCAAUCCACCCAGCGCACCGCACCAUGGUGGUUCCUGGGAGCGAUUAGUUCGGAGUGUCAAGCGCGUUUUGUAUGACAUCUUAGGCAACAGAAGAGUAACUGAGGAGGUUCUAAGAACCACGCUGUGCCUUGUUGAGCAAUUUCUCAACGCUAGACCAAUAACAGCCGUUAGUUCCGAUCCGCUAGAUCUAGAGGCGUUGACCCCGAAUCAUUUUAUCCUUGGUCAACACGCAGCAAGUUUUCCGUCGCUAAGUUUCGAAGAAAACUUCGACCAUAAGAAGUGGUUCGUCAGAGCGCAAUCAUACGCUAACGCAAUGGACACGGUGGAUGCGGGAAUACGUUCCUUCCCUCAAAAGGAGGGCAAAGUGGCAUAA